AUGCCUCUUCUCCCCGAAACCGCGACCAUGGCGAAACCACUGCCCGGUCGCUGGCGGCGAGGGACAUUCAUCAUUUUCGGCCUCUUACUUGGCGUUCUCUGGGCGGUUUACAUCGUCAUCGUGAAGUGCAACGACCGCGAUAGCGCCAUGAAAUUGAAAUCCUUCGGGCUCAGCGCGCGGCCUGCAUUCACGGAUUACGUGCAACUGGCAGACCUGUCUCCCAAGUACAUACCACAGACAGGAAAGCAUCGGACGUCCCCCGGCCGGUUGGUGGUUGUUGGCGAUGUGCACGGCAUGCGACACUCGUUGGUCGAGUUACUGGAGGAGUUGAAUUUCGACAAGAAGCACGACCAUUUGAUCCUCGCGGGGGAUAUGGUGUCCAAAGGUCCCGAUUCCGCGGGUGUCGUGGAUUUCGCCAUGUCGCUCGGCGCAACUUGCAUCAGGGGCAAUCACGAAGAUCGUAUCAUCUUGGUGGCCGGCGAGAUGAAGGGGAAGCAUCUAGACACACAGUUUCCUAAUCCCAACGAACCCGACAAUAAGAAGCAGGAUUCCCUGGAAGAGGAGAGUUUCAGCCAUGGGAAUUAUAAGGUUCGCAGGCUGGUUAGGCAGCUGGGCGAGAAGAGGAUUAAGUGGCUGGCGGACUGUCCCGUUAUUCUAAGGGUCGGCGAUCUUGGGGGUAUGGGCGAGGUCGUGGUGGUUCAUGCGGGCCUGGCGCCUGGCUUGGAAUUGGAGAGACAGGACCCCGUUACGGUGAUGAAUAUGAGGACGAUCAAGGACGGAGUGCCGACUGAUCAGAGGGAUGGGAAGCCGUGGAUGAAGGUCUGGAACGAUUACCAGAAAACCCUUCCGAAAAAAGAUCGCUCGACUGUUAUAUACGGACAUGAUUCCAGACGAGGUCUCCAGAUGGACAAGUAUAGCAUGGGCAUAGAUACCGGUUGCAGGAGAGGAGGUAAGCUUUCGGCAGUGGUGAUAGAAGGUGGUCAGUCGGGCCAUACGCAUAAGCUGGUCCAAGUGAAUUGUAAAAAUGCGAGUUCGGAAUAG